CAACCAAAACAAAGAUAUCAAUCAGACAAACAACACAAAGUCCUACAUUCUCCACCCCUUCUGUUUGCUGUUUUCCUUUAUCUACCUCUAGAUAUAAGUUCUACCUCAGAUUGGGGUUUUCCUCAAGAUUCUUCCAUCUAGAGGCCAGGAGAGCAGAAGAGUAUCUGAGUUCAGCCACAAGAAAGUAACUUUGAAGAACUGAAGUUUGCUACUGCCAAGAUUGAUUGAAAGGGAACAUUAAGAUGGAGAAUUCACCCAAAGACAAUGCACAGUUCUUCUUGAAAAACACAACACUGUCGAUUGACCGGGUUUCUUCAAGAUCAGAAUCUUCAGCUUCGAAGGAGAAACAAACAUUCUGUGGAGGAAUGAAGAUUUUUCUUUGCGCAUUAUCAUUUGUUUACUUUGCAAAAGCUCUCUCAGGAAGUUACCUGAAAAGUACCAUCACGCAAAUAGAAAAAAGAUUUGAUAUCCCUUCUUCUCUGGUUGGCCUCAUAGAUGGAAGCUUUGAAAUUGGGAACCUCUUAAUAAUAAUUCUGGUAAGCUACUUCGGAGCCAAACUUCACAGGCCAAAGAUCAUUGGAGCUGGUUGCCUCAUCAUGUCAAUUGGAACAUUUCUGAUAGCCAUGCCACAGUUCUUCAUGGGGCUCUAUAGGUAUGAGAUAUUUUCUUACACCUCCAAUUCAACUGUCAGCAUCUCCACAUGUCUGCAGGAUCAAAACCAAAUAUCAGUCUCAGCCUUGGAAAGAUCUCAGGCCAAAAACCAUGCAGGGUGUGAAAAGGAAUCAGGAAUUUCCAUGUGGAUCUAUGUUUUACUUGGCAAUCUACUACGCGGAAUAGGUGAAACACCAAUUCAGCCUUUGGGAAUUGCAUACAUUGAUGACUAUGCCACAGAAGAGAGUGCAGCCUUUUACAUUGGCUGUGUGCAGACAGUUGCAAUUAUAGGCCCCAUAUUUGGUUUCCUUUUGGGGUCUUUGUGUGCCAAAUUAUAUGUAGACAUUGGGUUUGUAGAUAUGGACAGCAUAACUAUAACUCAGAAGGAUUCCCAGUGGGUGGGAGCUUGGUGGCUUGGUUAUUUAAUAGCAGGAGGGAUCAGUGUUCUUGCGGCUAUCCCUUUCUGGUUUUUACCAAAGCACCUUCCAAGGCCAGAGGCCCGAAAAGAUUCCAGCACUUCCUCAGAACAAUCCAAAUUCAUCACUGAAGAUAACAGAGAACGACACAUCACCUACCAGGAAGAUGUCAAGUUUCUUAAGAUGGCUAAAGAUUUUCUACCUUCAUUGAAGAGUCUCUUUGGGAAUCCAGUUUACUUCUUAUAUCUCUGCUCCAGCAUCAUCCAGUUCAACUCUCUCAUUGGCAUGGUGACAUACAAGCCAAAAUACAUUGAACAACAAUUUGGUCAAUCAUCUUCAAAGACAAAUUUUGUCAUAGGUCUCAUCAAUAUUCCUGCCGUAGCCCUUGGGAUAUUCUCCGGAGGUUUGAUUAUGAAGAAAUUCAGGCUGAAUGUUUUGGGGGCAGCCAGGUUGUCUUUGGUAUCAUCUGUCUUUGGUUACCUACUGCUUCUUUUGCUAUUUGCAAUGGGUUGCAAGAAUGUUGAUGUGGCAGGCCUGACUGUCUCCUACCAAGGUACUAAACAGGUCUCCCAUUAUGAACAAACGCUAUUUUCGGACUGCAACUCUGAAUGCAUAUGUUCCAAAAAUGAAUGGGAUCCCAUAUGUGGGGAAAAUGGAAUCACUUAUGUCUCAGCUUGUCUUGCUGGUUGUAAAACAUCCAAUGGAAGUGGGAAAGACAUGAUAUUUUAUAACUGCAGCUGUGUGGAAAUCCCGGCAUUUGCAUCAAGGCCUUCCUCAGCUGUGGCGGGACCUUGUCCAAAAGGAAACGAAUGCCCCAAAAUGUUCCUCUACUUUUUGGUGGUGUCAGUAAUGACUUCUUAUACCUUGUCUAUUGGAGGUACUCCUGGAUACAUUUUACUGCUAAGAUGCAUUAAUCCACAAUUGAAAUCAUUUGCCCUGGGAAUCUAUACUUUAGCCAUAAGGGUUCUUGCAGGAAUCCCAGCUCCUGUAUAUUUUGGGGUCUCAAUUGACACAACAUGUCUCAAGUGGGGAAGCAAAAGGUGUGGAGGCCAAGGGGCUUGCAGGCUGUAUGAUUCAAAUGCAUUUAGGUAUAUCUAUCUUGGUUUGACUGUUGUUUUGGGCACCAUGUCCACAUUUCUAAGCAUUGCUGUCCUGAUUGUUCUGAAGAAAAGGUACAUUCCCCACAAUGAAACCAUCCUAUCCAGUGGAGAGAGAGGAAUGACUUCAUCCAAAAGCAGGAAAAGUGACUUUAUCAACAGUGAUCGUUUGAUUCAAUCCACCUACUGGCCAGAGAAAGAGACACGACUUUAGGAAGACUGAAUGUUUAAGAUUUUGUUCUAAGAAGGAACUUCUGGCUUUGACUUUACUAUAAGUUCAUGUGUUGACAGAGGUGGGUGGGUGAUAUAACUUUAAAAAAAAAACAACAAAUUUGAUAAGCUUUCUAGAAUUUGUAGAGGCCUGAAAAUGCAAUUUUGUAAUUACCUUUCUUGGAAAAAAUACCCCCCCCCCCUUUUUUUCCGGCUGCUUUUUCUGUAUGUAACGAAU